AUGGAAAAGCCUCGUAAAAAGGGAAUCGAUAUCGACGACAAAAGCAAGUGGGGACAUCGGUUUGAGUUCCGAGAUCGAAGCCAAGUCCAGCGACAGAUGUUCACUCCAUUAGCUCUUACUUACUUAAAUUUUAUUCGUUUAACGUCUCCUACGGAGUUAGUCACCCAGACCUUCCCGACGUUUCUUCCACGUAUCAGGCCUACAGGCUUCUGGGUCGACCUGCUUUGAUCGCCAGGACACGCUUGAAAUAGUGCUGCCGGCUUCGACGACUCAUGAAUGAGUUACUUUCUUGCGACAAGGGUUGUCCGCACAAAAACCCAAAAAAUGGAUUAUCUGGCCGACUAUCGGCAAAAAGGAAAAAAUGUAGCCUGGGACGUAACGCCCAGUUUCACGCUAGGGAGUUGCCCGAUUGGCCCAGUGGACUCUACUGAGCUUCCCCUUUCAACUUUCAUGCCUUCCUUCCGCAUGAGGAAAAAGCCAUCCCUGAAUCAGACUUGGGCUAGGCUCUGUUUACACCCAGAGUUGAUUACCUAGCAUUGCUGUCCAUCUCUGAAAUGGUAAAACCUUGCCGGAUAUAAUUAAAAUAUGUGUUGAGUCUGCAUGGCCGAGAGGCCAUGCCCAGACGAAGACGCCAUAUUUUAAUUAUAUUCACUCCAUUAGCUCAACCUGCAAAGAAGAGGGCUCAAAUCGCAGACGAAAUCGUAGAAAGCGCCUCUGAAGAAAUGUCUGAUUCCCACCUGAAUUCAUAUGACUUCAAACUAGAGCCCCAAACUACCAUCCCUGUCCAAUUGCCUAGGGCCAAAACGCAAGCCAACAAAAAGCACAAGCAGCCAUCUGAGCCUCGCAAAAAGAAGAAAGAAGACGAUGACCUUAUCGUCAGAGAUCUGGUCAACGAACUUCUCAAUACAAUCGAAUUAGGCGCCCCAACUGACACGAAGAUGAUGGAAAGCACCUUUAUUAACUGCGAUCUGAGGUAUUUUAACUUGGAUUACAUUGUUGAAAAGUUUGGGCUCUUUGAUGUCGUUGUGGUAGACCCACCGUGAAGAAUACGUGGAGGCCAAAAAAAUUCUGAUUCGCCGUUUAUGUUUUCUAAUAACAAGUUCCAGCUGGAGUAUGAUACGCUUUCUAACCAAGAAAUAAUGGAAAUCCCUAUAGAAAAACUCUCCAAGAAAGGGUUCUGCUUUAUAUGGGUAUUAAGUGGAAAUAUGAAUGCAGGAUAUGACUGCUUGAACAAGUGAGGCUACGAGUGUGUAGACCAUCUCAUAUGGGUUAAGACUACACAAGGUGGCCGCCGAGCUAUGGUUUCUCAUGGCUUUUAUUUUUUGCAUUCCACUGAAAUGUGUAUAGUGGGCUACAAAUGUCCGCCAGGAGAAAAAGUAGAAUUCCGAUCUAAAGUCUCCAACGAUCUUAUCAUCGCUGAUGUAAGAAAAAAAAGCCAAAAGCCAGACCAGCUUUAUACUAUCAUUGAGCUUAUGAUGCCAGGAUCCAAAAAAUGCGAAAUUUUUGCGAGAAAUAAUAAUCUACGUCCUGGUUGGCUGUCUCUUGGCAAUCAAAUUGGAGAAGUUUUCGAAAAAUGGAGAAACCAUACAGUCUGCGAUAAAUGCAAGCGCGACAUCCCUGAAGGUCUUUUGAGGUUCAAAUCCAAGAAGCAGAGAAAUUUCGACAUUUGUGAACAAUGUAUAGAAAACGUCCAGCAAGAACGCAACGAUACAAUGCAGGAUUAUUUUAAGCUGGAAAAUAAUAACACUCAAGAUACGCUGCACCAUUACCAUAAAUGUGACAGAUGUGGGGUGGAGCCAAUUUGGGGAUGCCGCUUUCAAUGCUUACAGUGUGAGAAUAUCGAUUAUUGUGAAAGUAAGAUUUAUUUAGACUGUUAUGAUGAAAUUAUUGAGAGCCAAACUGGCUGCUUUAACCAUAUUUUUCAAGCUCAUGAAAAACCACAAGCUGGAAAUGGCUUGCCGAUACAUGAAAAUAAGCGAUGUGUCAGUUGCUAUCAGAAGCCUAUAUUAGGGCCUUGUUUUUUAUGUGCUGACUGCAGCCAUUUGACGUUAUGUAAAUAUUAAUGUAGGCCAAAAUUGUUUUUUCAACUGCAGCUUUAAAGAGUUUGAGCAGAUAAAAGGCCAUGAUUCCAAGCAUAGAAUAGAAAUCAUAACAUUAUCAAAUAGGACUUUUAAAAUGUCCAUAUGUAGCGGAUGUGGAAGAAAUCCCUUAGUUUCGCCUAAAUAUAAGUGCAAUAUGUGCUUCAAUUUUGAACUAUGUGAGCAUUGCUAUAUUAAAAAAGAUACACUUGAAUUGAAAGGAUUUAAUGCCCAUAAACCUGAGCAUACAUUUACUAAUUAUUAA